GCAGAAGAAACCCUGGGGAGAGGAGGGAGGGGUGGCCCGGUCCAUCGCUCUCUUGUGAGUCGUGGAUCUCGGCGAUCUCUGGAGCUGAGAGAGGGAGGCGGAGGCUCCGGAGAUAGAGGAGCAGGAGAAAAGCUGCCAAAAGAAGAAUAUAGUAAGAGAGAGGAAACAUGAAAAGAGGAUAAGGAACCAAGAAGGGGCACGAUACAGGAUAAGGGGAAAAGCGGAGAAAUAGGAAGCAGAUGAAGAUGGGAGAAGAGGAGGAGGUGGAAGGAAGGGGAAAGGGUUCCGUGGAGCGAACCGACCAUGAAGAUGCACAGCGAGCGCAAGAGCCCAACUGAUGGGAAAGAUGGGAUGGGAAAGAACUCACAGCCAAAUGGGCAGGACUGGAUUCACGCAGUCGCCGCUUCGUGUGAUGGCCGGGAUACAGGGGGCCUCUUGUGAAACCCAAAAUGAAAGCUGCCUCUUGCAUGGCCGCCUGUGUUAAUGUCAAGCAUUCGACUGCCUCGCACUCCGCCCACGAGAAAACCCAUAAAAAAGUGUCCUGUGGCACUAGAACUGGUCUUCAUUCCUACUGCAUGCUUCCCUCCCGAGCUGGCUAGUCUACCAAUAUGGGUGCUACAUGGAGACCAAAGGGAAGCGCACACAAUUUGCCCGAACCGUAUAUCAGCCACGUCCAGACAGCACUGAGUUCAGAGCCCGGAACUGCAGUGAAACAGGGAUCAACCCCCUGGGGUGAGAAACGUUUCCAAGGGCGACCGCCUCUGUGGUAACCGAGUAAAUUCGGGACAACGGAGCGGCGACGAAACGCCUCUCCCGCACGGCGAUUGGUCCGCACCCUUUCCUCCGAGCCGUUCCUGAUCUCCGAUUGGACAGUUUGCCUGCCUGUCAAUCUUUCACCAGCGGACACCUUUCUAAAUUCCUGAGAGCCCGGGAAGGUGGGCGCACUAGUGAGCGGCCAGGUGAGGCGCACCGAGGUGGGACAUUUUUCAGGUGACCCUGUUGACUGAACUCGGGGAGCGAGGGAUGGAGUUGCUGGGAUCAACCAUGACGGCAACGUAUGCUCGGCCUAAAACCAGCAGCUUCCUACCUGCCAUCUCCACCAUGGCAUCCAGCUACAAAGAUCACCAGCCGACCUUAGCCCUGACCCUGAACAGCAGCCAACCUUGGAGGACCAACACCUAUUACAGGACCUUGGGUGUGAUGCCCACGUUGGCCUCCAUCCGGAGAGCUGCCUCGGACCUGGUGCGGGCCCAGACCGCGCACUACCCAACCAAUCAGACAGCGCUCUCCACUCGCUACUCCCCAGAGGACUGGCACAAGUCCAACCAGAGCAAGUACCGUGAGUCGGAGGCGUCCCGCAACAGCGCCGAGCGUCUGCGGUGGGACACGGUGCGGCUCAUCCAGGACAAGGAGCAGCUUACCCGACGCACCCAGGAGACCAGCAGCAGGAACUUGAGCGAGCGCAUUAGCGACAUUGCCUUCUGGCGCUCGGAGCUGAACCAUGAAAUUGAGAGCAUGGUGACGGAGACCGCCGCCCUCAAUGAGUCGAAGAGGAGGCUGGAGCGAGCGCUGGCAGAAACCGAGGGGCCUCUGCAGGUUGCUCGGGAAUGCCUGUACCACAGGGAGAAGAGGAUGUCCAUCGAUCUUGUUCAUGAUAACGUGGAAAAAGACCUCCUCAAGGAAGUGGAGGUCAUCAGAUCAUGUCAGGAAAGAAUGAGGCGGCACUUAGACAGAGCCAUCGCUCAGCUGGCGUCCAACAGAGCCAUCCAGCAUGAUCUGGAGAAGGAUGUGAGCGACAAGGUGACUGCUCACAGAAUCGACAGUCGAUGCCACCAGCUCAGGAACACGUCGGAUGGGAUUGGUUUCUACAGGGGGAUUGAUCGUCUGGACCCCUCUCUCUCUCUCCCAGACUCAUGGUCCAACUUCACAGACAACAACAUCCUGCGGUCCCUGAGUGAACGUGCGUCUUCGCACAAGCUCCGAGACGAGAUCGAAAUCCUGCUGAACUCCACCUCUGCUGACAUGUGGAGCCAGUUCAACACUGUCAACGUGGCGUUCACCAAACGCAUCUCCGAGACUGUUGACGCAAAGAACAACAUGCAGACGCACCUGGCAAAGACCCUCCAGGAGAUCUUCCAAACGGAGACGCUGAUUGAGGCACUGAAGAAGGCCAUUCGGGAAAAGGAGAGUCCGCUCAAAGUGGCCCAGACCAGGCUGGAGGAGCGGACGCGCAGGCCUAACGUGGAGCUGUGCCGUGACAACCCCCACCACAGGCUCGUGAGCGAGGUGAGGGAGAUCGAGGACACUGUCGCCCAGCUGAGGGAGAGGCUGCAAGUGGCUGAGGGCACCCUUCAGUCGCUGGUCAAGACCAAGGCAGCACUGGAACAUGACUUGUCCAUCAAGGCCAACUCGCUGUUCCUGGACCAGGAGAAGUGCAUGGGCAUGAGAAAGACCUUCCCCAGCUCCCCACGCCUGCUCGGCUACACGUAAAGAUUGGAGAGCAUCUGCUGGACCACAAAUAGGGUGGGAGGAGCAUCACUGGGCUACACCCUGAGGGUGGGGCAUCUGGGGGUUUCAGAUGAAGUGAGACAACCGCUUGAAUGAGAAUACAUAGAGUGGAAAUCUUGUUGAAUAUGCAUGAAGUGGGCAUGGACUGAGAGGAAAAACUGACUGAUAUGCAGUAGGAGCUCCUGGGAAAUAGUGCCCAACGGUACAGGUACCAGGAGGACCCCGUGGACUCACUUCCCCACCUAUGUGUAAAGUAAUUGGUUGAAGCACCCUAAUUAUGUGCAUAUUUAUUUAAAAAAUCAUGGCAGCUUUUAAAAGACACCAUCUCAAUGUACAUGUCCAUAUAUUCAAAAAGCACAGAUAACUCAGUGAAUAACUGAAAAAUUCUCCACUGUGCACAACUAGGGGGGUUUUUAAAGGCCAUUUCCAAGGCACAUAAUCAUUAUUAUUGUUUUGUUGCUCACUCGACACUAAGACAGAGGCUAGUAUGUAAACUAAGCAUUCUGCCCUUUCUAUAUGAAUGCAAGAAAUGUGGAUCUGAUUACUUUGGCUGUACAAACACACAAUGCAGCCAAGUAAUUGCAGACACACCAAAUCCUCUCCCUGAGUUUGUUUAUUGGAGCCAUCAGUGGUACCCUUUAAAUUUCCCUUUUACAUAUCUGGGGGAGGGGCGGCAGUAUACGCAGGCUACUUGAGCUCUUCUGUAGAACUAGAGCUUGACUGUUUGAAUGGUUAACGACUUGGGUAAAGGUCCCUACUCCAGAAGGUUAAUGAGUGAUCUCCAGCUCAUCGGUCUCCGUUGACAUUCGCGAAGACCUAUCUCUUGAAAAACCCUCAUUCCAGCAAAUCCCUGUGGAGACAGUUGAAAAAAAUUGACAAAACAAAUUGUUUGUCCAGUGCUGGUUGCAAAACGAGGACAAAGCAUGAUUUCUCAGCUGUCGCAAUCUCAGAGGGAUGCAGAGGCUCUUCUUGAGCUUUCUUGGAAGAGGAUGGAAAUGGUCCAGUAACCCCAAAAGGGCAAAGGUCAUUCAUUAGAUGCAGAUUAAAGUUUGAUCAACUCAUUCUGUUGAGAAGAGCUGAGGCUGAACUGUCAACAAACACUACUGGUUAACUGAUCUGGGGCCUGUUCUGGGAAUGCAAAGAGUGCUCAUGAUGGGAUGCUAUUCCACUGCUCCCAUUUGUACACCCACACGCGGUUUCACCGUGUCACACGGUGGACAAGUUCCUAUCAACAGUUCAUCUGGACAGCGCGUCAGUGGACGGUGGAAGGAAACCCACCCUGACAUGUAGGGAUGUGGAAACUUCAGACCGAUCUGGUUCUGGACUUUGACCCACAACCGUAUGACACUGAGCCAUAAGGGCUCCGCACAAAGUAUAUUUUCUUGUAAUUCUAACAAAACAAACCUGGAUGUGUCCUCGGUAGACGUGCUAAAAAAAUCGAGGUACCGUAUUGGCUCGAAAGAGUGCACGUUGUCUACUGCGAUAACUGGAAAUGUGUUUUCUUUGGUUUGAUUAAGACUGGUGAAGUGUUAGUGUUGGUCCGAGCUCUCCGCGGUAUCGUCCCAGAUACAGUGGGGUCCAUCCUCUGGACUGUGGGCUUCUGUUUGCUUUUGAUAGGACUGACUCAAUCUUGGGUCCUUCGAACCGAAGAAUUCAUCUUGGGACAAAAAGGCUUCAGUGGUCACACAAACAGAAAGUAGAAGGAGAUAUCCCAGGAGAAGGUCAACAUCGAGUCCAAACGAAGAUCAGCUUGUCUUGCGCACUUAAGGCCCAAGUCCCAAGUCUGAUCGACCUGUUUGUGGAUCUGGCCAACGACGCCGUUUUCCCUUCACACAAGUAUGUGCAAGUCACAUGCUGAGAGUCUUUCCUUCCGCAAGAUGAGAACCCCGUAAAUGUCUUAAUUGACGGGUAAACAGGUUAGAUGAUAGUGUAUUGCACCUGUGUCCGACCUUACGAAAAACUCACUCUUUGCACUUGUCAAAUGUGCUUUUUAUAUUCUUUGCU